GGUCCAGCCAACCUGCCACGGGCAGCCCCGAGCACCGGGUGGCCAGCACCGGGUCGCCGGCCGAGACGCAAAACGCAGGGGCAGGGACACGGCCACCCGCGCACAGAAAAGCCAGCGCCGUGCGCACCCCGAUCUGCUGCUUCGUGGCUGCUUUCCCUGGAACGGGGGUGAGCGCUCGGGGCUUGUCUGGUCUCCCCCAGGCACGAGAGAAAAACUAUUCUCAACCUCAAGCCCUAAAGACGAGGCGCAGGGGAGGCUGUCUCCAAAGAUCCUUGCAACCAGACACGUUUAGAACGAUAUCCCUUUGGGGAGGCUGAAAUCCGGCUGAGAAAGAUGGAAAAGGGCGCCAGACAGCGCAGCCACGCCGAGAAGAGCAAGCCAGGUGCAGGCGACCCGGAGCCCGAUGCUGACUCGGGCUCUGGAGGAGGCGGGGUAGCCCUGAAGAAGGAGAUCGGAUUGGUCAGUGCUUGUGGCAUCAUUGUAGGAAACAUCAUUGGCUCUGGAAUCUUCGUCUCCCCGAAGGGUGUGCUGGAGAAUGCUGGCUCCGUGGGCUUUGCUCUGAUCGUCUGGAUCUUGACGGGACUUAUCACGGCUGUGGGAGCCCUGUGCUACGCAGAGCUUGGCGUCACCAUCCCCAAAUCUGGAGGGGAUUAUUCCUAUGUCAAGGACAUUUUUGGAGGACUGGCCGGGUUCUUGAGGCUGUGGAUCGCUGUCCUGGUGAUCUACCCAACCAACCAGGCUGUCAUCGCCCUCACCUUCUCCAACUAUGUGCUGCAGCCUCUCUUCCCUACCUGCUUCCCCCCAGAGUCUGGCCUUCGGCUCCUGGCUGCCAUCUGUUUAUGCUGCCUCACGUGGGUCAACUGUGCUAGUGUGCGCUGGGCCACCCGUGUUCAAGGACAUUUUACUGCUGGGAAGCUCCUGGCCCUCGGUCUCAUCAUCAUAAUGGGGAUUGUGCAGAUCUGCAAAGGAGAGUACUUUUGGCUGGAGCCAAAGAAUGCAUUUGAAAAUUUCCAGGAACCCGACAUUGGCCUCAUUGCACUGGCUUUCCUUCAAGGCUCCUUUGCUUAUGGAGGCUGGAACUUUCUUAAUUACGUGACUGAGGAACUUGUUGAUCCCUACAAGAAUCUUCCCAGAGCCAUCUUCAUCUCCAUUCCACUGGUCACGUUUGUGUAUGUCUUUGCCAAUGUCGCUUAUGUCACUGCAAUGUCCCCCCAGGAGCUGUUGGACUCCAAUGCCGUCGCUGUGACUUUUGGAGAGAAGCUUCUUGGAGUCAUGGCUUGGAUCAUGCCCAUUUCUGUGGCCCUGUCAACCUUUGGAGGCGUCAAUGGGUCUCUCUUCACAUCCUCCCGGCUGUUCUUUGCUGGAGCCAGAGAGGGACACCUCCCUAGUGUGCUGGCCAUGAUCCAUGUCAAGCGUUGCACCCCAAUCCCAGCCCUGCUCUUUACAUGCUUGUCCACCCUGCUGAUGCUGGUCACUAGUGACAUAUACACUCUCAUCAACUACGUGGGUUUCAUCAACUACCUCUUCUAUGGGGUCACAGUGGCUGGACAGAUAGUGCUUCGUUGGAAGAAACCAGACAUCGCCCGCCCCAUCAAGAUCAGCCUUGUGUUCCCCGUCAUCUACUUGCUGUUCUGGGCCUUCCUGCUCAUCUUCAGCCUGUGGUCAGAGCCUGUGGUGUGUGGCAUCGGCCUUGCCAUCAUGCUGACUGGUGUGCCUGUCUACUUCCUGGGUGUUUACUGGCAAAACAAGCCCCAGUGCUUCAAUAAGUUUAUUGAGUGGAUAACCCUAGUGAGCCAGAAGAUGUGUGUGGUGGUGUAUCCUCAGAUGGAUGGGGGCUCGGGUGCCGAAUUGGAGAAUGAGGGCGUGGAGGAGGAGCAGCGGCAGCCCAUGUACCACACCAAGGACAAGCCUGAUGGGGAGCAGGCCCAAGCCUGAGGAUCUCUCUGCUAGGCCCUCCCUCCUUCACUCCCUUCCAACCCUACUCCCCGGCCUAGGUCCCCCCAACAUGCGUGUGAGAGCACCCGCAGGGGCUGGAUCCAGGUGUGACUGGUGAGAAAUACAAGAGACUGACAGUUGUACCCAAAGAACCAUUAUAUCUCCCCAUAGUCUGUGUCCAAAGCCCCAAGCCCCCCUCCUAUUGCCACCCAAACUCCAGACCUGGGCUUAGUCUGCCCAGGGGAAGUCUCAGUGCCUGCUGGGGAGCCUGGACAUACCCUUCCCUAGGGACCUAAGCAAGCAGAGAAGGUGCUGCCCACUAUCCUCAGUGUGGUUCCUAUCAGGACACCACCACCCCACUCAGCGAAGGACCAAUGAGCAGGAGGCCUGGACUGCUCCCCGCCAGCCCAAGCCAAGCCUGCUGGUGCCAUUGGGAAAGGCUCUGAUUGCAGAAAGGUCCCCAGGGCCUUCUACUGCUCCCACUCCUGCCACAAGGCUACUUCUCUUUGUCCUGGCCACCUCUCCUAGAGUCCUGCUCAAAGCAUUCACAACCCUCCCUGGCUACACCCAUGGCACGCCCCUGACACACCCCCACCUCCUGCCCUUCUCCUCUGAACUGGGCAGCAAGGCUCCCCAUACCCUUCAGGCCUGAAAGCCAAAUCAGCCUUAACUUGCCUCCUGUCCAAGAACUGACCUAAAAAUACCCCUUCCUCUUAGUCCUCACAGCCUGAGAGCAGGGCAGGCACUGUCUGAGCCCAUAGCUGACAAUCCCACCCCAUUGGACAGCCCCUAACUUUUGGUCACUGCAGCCUCCCGGGAAGAGAGGGGACACAGUGACAGUGAUCACCCACAGUGCAGCCCUGGCAAGUAUUGACCCCUGGUCGUGAGCAGGGUCUACCUGUGCCACACAGGGAUGGCCUGGGUCUAGCUGGGCCUAGUGCACCCAGCACCACUGUGUGCAAAGGACAAGGAGCCUUUAAUCCAAACCAAUCCUUCUGCUUCAAUUGGAAUAUAUGGUUGGGGCAGGGAGAACCUCUGGUGGGGGAGUGGUCUUCACAGAGGAGUCUCUCUGCCCCCUGCCAGGCCUAUCUGGCCCCACUUAGCCCACUGGGUAACGUGCCAGGUUUAAUAUGAGCGCUGGUCCUUUCCAAGCCACCUGUAGGGUACACGGGCUGGCCUCCUAAAGGUCCACGGACCAUCUUAUUCCCUCUUUCUCAUUCCUCUGCCACCUUCUUUCCAUUACUAUUGUUUUGUAAAGUGGAUGCCUUACUUUUUGGAUAAAUAUUUUUGAAGCUAGCAUUUCUAUUUCUUUUGGAUUUUUUUUUUUAAUGUAAGUUUCGGGGGUUGAGGGGUGGGAAAGACAAACUUGAAAAAAUUAUUUGUCCUUAUGUUUGUAUAGGUUUUAGAGGUUUGUUUGUUUUUUGUUUUGUGGAGGGUUUUGUUUUCCCCCUUUUGACGUAAUAAAACUUUAAUUGAAAUGAA